AGGCGACAGUAAAGCUGCUAAACACGAGAGGAACUGUGAGCAGUAUAUUUGUAACUAUUCAGGUCUACUUUUAUCACUACAAACAUCGGUCUAUAUUACAUGUACAGCUAUGCCGGAGGAUAGUACGGACAAGCCGAACAUAGUUACUUGCACCGCUCCAGUGAAUAUAGCUGUCAUCAAAUACUGGGGGAAGAGAGAUGAAGAAUUAAUUCUACCCAUUAACUCAUCCCUGAGUGUCACACUGCAUCAAGACCAGCUGAAAACAACCACAACAGUUGCAACAAGCAGAUCGUUUCAGGAGGAUCGAAUUUGGCUCAAUGGCAAAGAAGAGGACAUAACCCAUCCAAGACUACAGUCCUGUCUCAGAGAGAUUCGACGAUUGGCACGGAAGAGGCGUAAUGAUGGAGACCCUGGUUUGGAUUUGAAUGGCUUAUCUCACAGAGUCCACAUCUGCUCCGUUAACAACUUCCCCACUGCUGCUGGACUCGCCUCCUCAGCUGCUGGAUUUGCCUGCCUAGUUUACACUCUGGCUCGGGUUUUUGGUGUGGAGGGGGAGCUGUCAGGGAUUGCCCGGCAAGGCUCAGGGAGCGCGUGCAGGAGUAUGUAUGGAGGGUUUGUGCAGUGGAUCAUGGGGAAAAAAGAUGAUGGCAAGGACAGUCUAGCCCAGCAGGUGGAGCCAGAGACCCACUGGCCUGAGCUCAGAAUCCUUGUACUAGUGGCAAGUGCUGAGCGGAAGCCAGUAGGCAGCACCUCUGGGAUGCAAACCAGUGUACAAACAAGCUGUCUCUUAAAGCACCGGGCUGAGUCUGUUAUCCCGGGCCGGAUGGUAGGGAUGAUUGAAGCGGUGCGGAGAAAGGACUUCACUGCAUUUGCUGAACUAACCAUGAAGGACAGUAACCAGUUCCAUGCCACCUGCCUUGACACAUACCCCCCUAUCUUCUACCUGAGUAGUGUGUCUCAGCAGAUCAUCAGCUUGGUGCACCGGUAUAACAGGCACUAUGGGGAGACAAGGGUGGCAUACACCUUUGAUGCAGGGCCCAAUGCUGUGAUCUUCACUCUACAGCAGCAUGUUCCUGAGUUUGUCCAGGUGGUUCAACAUUUCUUUCCCCCGGACACCAACGGAGGACAGUUCGUUAAGGGUCUUCCAGUAAACCCUGCUACUCUUUCUGAGGACCUGGAGCAGGCUAUUGGUCUAGAGCCCAUGCCAAAGGGAAUAAGCUACAUUAUUAGUACCAAGGCUGGACCAGGCCCUUGUGUUGUGAAGGAUCCCACUCAGCAUCUGCUUGGAUCUGAUGGUUUGCCUAAGAAAACUGUAUGAAACCCUGUAGGCCCGAAGGAACAAAGUUCCACAGAGCAAUAAUGAAGCCACUUCAGCAGAGACAAAAUUUCUGUGUUUUUUGUUUGGGUUUUUUUUUUUUUACAAACCUCAUCUCAUUCAUUUUGUGAAAACAUACAGUACCAACUUUAGUGAUGUUCAUUCUGUAAAACUGAAUAAAAUUUAUUUUAGUCAAUAAAAUGAGGAUGCUUCCUGUUU